AUGGAAGGGAGCUUCUGGAAGACCUGGCUGGUGGUUGGAGCGCUUCUGGUCUUCGGGUGCUCCUCGCUGCCACAUAAGCCCUUGACCUAUGAGAAGGCUGUGGACCUCGCGGUGGCCAUCUACAAUAGCAAAGCAGGGGAAGACUGUGUAUAUCGUCUCCUGGAGGCUCUUGCUGAGCCUCAGUGGGAUCCUAUUUCCGAUAGCCACGAAGAGUUGAACUUCACCAUCAAGGAGACCAUGUGCCUGUUGGAAGAUGUGGUUUUCUUCGAUGAAUGUGACUUCAAAGAAGACGGGGUGGUCAGGCAAUGUACUGGCUACUACUACUUUGAUGAGAGGCCUCCAGUGGUUGUACUCACUUGUGAGGAGAAGGAGGAGAAGAAGGAAGAGGAAGAGGAGGAGAAGAAGGAAGAAGGGAAGGAAGCAGAGAAACAGGAGGAGAAGGAGGAGGAGGAGAAGGAUCAGCCGAAACGGGAGAAGAGAUUCCUCAGAGUUUUCAGAAAGCUGAAGAAAGGGCUUAAGAAACUCUUCAAGAGAAAGAAGGUGGUCGCCGGAUACGUCACCGCCUAA